AUUAAAUUCUUUGAAAAACAGUGUUUUUCUUUGUUUAUUAAGAUCAAUAAAUAGAGAAAAACACUCACUUUAUGUCAAAGAGAAAAAGAAAAAGCAACCAAAUUCCUCUACCCACUUCAAAAUUCUUAUCUAAUUUUAAUUCUGUUUCUUACAAAAAUUUUAAUUUUUUUUAGGGUUUGUUAUUGUUCUUGAUUUGAGAAACUAUGGCGGAUGUUUUGAGCAAGACCAAUUGCUGUGGUAAUUAUGGUUACAAGAACCAGACAAAAGAUGGUGGCUUUGUUUUGAAAAGAAGUUGCAGUCUUAAGAUGGUUUCUAAAAAAUUUAAUUAUUCUCCUCUGGGUUUCAGAUCACUCAAGAUUUCAUCUGGGUCUGAUUUUUUUGGCAAAAGGUUAAUUAUUCAAGAGAAUAAUCAAUCCAAGAAAGAAAUUUUUCUUCGGUUUUCAGUAAAGGCUCAGACUGGUUUGAGAUUGAAGACUGCUCUAAAAUGGUGGGAGAAGGGGUUGCAGCCAAACAUGAAGGAGGUUACCUCUGCACAAGAUUUUGUGGACACCCUUAUGAAUGCUGGGGACAAACUCGUCGUUGUCGAUUUCUUUUCCCCCGGCUGUGGUGGCUGUAGAGCUCUUCAUCCAAAGAUAUGUCAGUUCGCGGAGAUGAACCCUGAUGUGCAAUUUGUUCAAGUUAAUCAUGAAGAACAUAAAUCCAUGUGUUAUAGCCUUAAUGUCCAUGUAUUGCCGUUCUUCAGGUUUUACCGAGGGGCUCAAGGCCGAGUUUGCAGCUUUAGCUGCACUAAUGCCACGAUCAAGAAAUUCAGAGACGCACUAGCGAAGCAUUCCCCAGAUCGAUGCAGCCUCGGGCCACCAAAAGGACUGGAGGAGAAAGAGCUCAUAGCAUUGGCUGCUAACAGAGAUCUCAACUUCACUUACACACCAAAACCGGUUCAACCAACACCUACUCCUGCACCGGACGAGAUAGUGCCAGCGCUGGCUCCAUCUCAUACGAAUCAAACCCUGCCACUUCCUCUUCCCACAACGAGCUCGCAAUCUGCUCAAGAUGCAGAGGAGAAAACAUUGGUUACUUCCGGGAGAUAGAAGAACGAGUAAUCACCGAUCUCAUAUCCAUAUUCUCCUUGUACAGAUGUAGUGUGUGUUGUGUAUUACACAAGUAAAACAAGCUUGUAGAAGUUAAGAGGCAUAUUAUAUGGUGUUUGUUGUUACAGAAAUGCAGGCAUUUGGAUUUAUUUUUUUGGAUCCUGGCCUGCAUCUAUGAGGGGUCUGUGUAAUGUAAUAUAGGUUUGAGUUUUUGUUGGUAACAAAACCAGGUUCUUGUAACUAGUAUUAUUGAGCUAAUGUAAUAUUAACACCUUAGUACUAUUAUAUUAUUAGUUACUUUCUUCUUUA